CCCAUAGAUAUAUGGUUGCCUACAUUGCGGACCUGUCGGUGAAUCUGGAGAAGCCAGGGUUGGACUGGAUCCCACAUCUGGAUUUUGAGAUCCCCAAACGCAAGCUCUGAUCUGGCGAGAGGCCCGUUCAUCCGUUGCAUCCAAGUAUAGACCACUCAUUGUUAACGCUAUACAUCGGGGUACAAAUAAAAUUUAUAUCGUCGAAUUGUUUCAUUUGGAGACCAAAAUUGGGAAUACGCAGGUUUACACAAACAAUUUCUUUGGAGUAUACUGCGCGCCUCAACGAUGGACCAGCCAUCUGAGAAUAACGAACCAGAGCACAUCACGGAGACAAAUCUGGAAACAGAGCAGAAGACCGCCGCCGAGGCAGAGGCCCUAGAGUCAGAGAAACUCAAGAAUGCGGAGCUCGAAAAUCUCAGAGCCGAAAAAGAAACGGCAAUCCGCCAAGCAUGCGACUUGCGUGAUAUUGAUGCAUUAGUCUCAUACGCUAUCUCAGAAGGUGGCUUCCUCAAUGAUGAUGUCCGGCGAACAGCCUGGCCUAUUCUUCUACAGUGUGAUCGACGAGGACCCAAUUUCGAUUUCACGGGAUGGGAACAUCUACCUGCACAUAUUGACGAAGAACAAGUUCAGCUUGAUGUGAACAGGUCAUUUGUCUACUACCCUGAAUGCUCUGACCAGGAGCUCUCUAUCAAGAAGGAUGAGCUCUCCAAAUUGAUCAAGCAAGUCCUGCGGUGCUUUCCCAUGCUCUGCUACUUUCAGGGCUAUCAUGAUAUCGUUCAAGUCCUACUAUUAGUGCUCGGUGGACAAAAUAGCGCUGCUGCCGUGGCACAAAUAUCUCUUCUUCGGAUAAGAGAUUACAUGUUGCCGUCCCUUUCGCCAGCGCUGAAACAUCUAGAGCUGAUUCCUGCGAUCAUUGAAAAGGCUGACCCUGCAUUACGGCGUCACCUCGCCGAAAUCAAACCAUUCUUUGCACUCGCCGCAACUUUGACGAUGUACUCUCACGAAAUCCAAGAAUAUAGCGACAUUGCACGCCUUUUCGAUUUCCUGCUGGCCCAGGAACCAGUAGUCUCCAUAUACCUCUUUGCGGCAAUUAUUCUCUCCCGCAAGAAAGAAUUGCUUGAAUUCUCAGUCGAUGAAACCGAUAUGCUGCAUUUUACCCUGUCCAAGCUCCCAAACCCCUUGGAUCUUGAGGGUUUGAUAUCCCUCGCGAUGCAGCUUUUCGAAGCUCACCCGCCGGAAAGUCUACCAUUUGGAGCCUGGAAGCGCAUUCCAAAGUGCAGUGUGCUGAAAUCUUCAAGGGAUCUCGUCAGGAUCCAAGGGCCCGAUGAAACAGUCGACCUCUUCGCGAAACAAGUACGGCAUCUACGUUGGGAGGAGCGGAAGGAGAAGACCGUUGCUUUCCUGUGGAAUCACAGACGGACAAUCGGCUCUGUGGCUGUGACAAUGUUCAUUGGUGCUAUGUCGUUCUGGAUCAAGAAGAGGGGAUUUGACAAUACGAUAUGGGCGUAUGUCAGUAGGUUCCAUGGGGCUCUGCAGGCCCGGGGCUAUCUUUAAUUCUUAUGUGACCCUUGGGAAAGACAAGAAGGCACCGGUUCAAAAAUUAAAGGCUUGGGCUUUUGUGUAUAAAAUAUUGAAGACAGGUUAAAAACAUGCUAAUAAGGAGAAAGUUAAGUUUUACGAGACAAAGAACAGCCU